AUGCGCUCAGGACAGUCCCGAACGCCAGCCUCGGAGGGUCUAGUUCAUGGACACAUGCAUAACUUCAAUAAUGUCACGUAUAUCCACGGUCAUGUCCACGGCUCACCACCGGCCAGAAAAUGCGGCAUCAUUGACAGCACAAAUGGUCCCCCACACCCUUCACGACAAUCUGAGGCGGAUGCAGAAAAUGCUCAGCUCAUGGGAAUACCGAACCUGCCGAUUUCACCCACAGUCUCCUCCCAUGAGGAAAACUCAGAGCGAUCCGAGCUGUUAGCGACCAAAGAGCCAGACGCCAAGCCCUUUGCCGCCUCGCCAUGGCCUUUCUCGACAGCCAAUACUACCCAGGAUCCUACUUCUUGCGCGCAGACCAGUGGCUGUCACCAUUUCGAAUUCAUGAAUUGGCAUAACUUGAAUGUUUUCGGUGAGGACAAUCACGCAUCGGCACCUGAUGAGUUGCUUGCGCUAUCUACAGGUAGCAAAAGACGCAGGCUUGUAGACUGCGACAGUUGUCAACCAAGGGCCAUCGAAGUAUGCUGCCAAGAAGACCAUGAACCGAGAAACACCAGUAAUUCCGACUCCGGGCUUUUCAAGGCUCCUAACACCCAAGUUCCUGUAGAUAAAAUGGUUUUAUUUCAAGGCUCAAGCUUGGGUGCUCAUGCUUUGGACUUCAAUACUGCAUGUGCAAAUUCAAAGCUGCCGAGUUUCAUUGAUUGCGAUUUAACUUGUGCUCCCACGGAAACCACAGAGGAAGAUCGAAUAUUUGAGAAACUGUGCGAACAAUGUGUAGACCUUGGCUACAACGAGAGUCCAAACCCAUCCUCCCACUUGCAUUUUGACCCACACCCAGACGUGAGUUCAAUACCAGUUUCCAAACCUCCAGAAUCGUCAGUGCAUACUCAUGCGGCUUGCCAUUCUCAUUCUCACUCUCACUCUCAUGCUCAUAUAAGAUCCGACUCGCUUUCUUCACAGAGCGCCGAUCCUGAAGGCUCUUUUAACUCUAUGCACACAAUACCAUGCCAUGACCAUAUUGUCAACUCUGGCCCAGACAUGAAAAUAUUAAAGGACUUGGUUAGUAUCUCUAACAUGUACGAUUUCCCGUUCGGUAAGCACAACCAUUCACACGAUGAAAAUAGUGACAUCAACCUGUUACAGACCUGUCUGCCAGAAAAAAGACCGACAGGUUUACGCGAAUCACUUGACACAGACACCUUGCUCAAUCACAGCCACCACCAUCAUCAUCUCGUGGAGGUUCAUCCACAUCCCGCCAAGCACAUUCCACUUUCUGCAGACCCUCACUACAGCUGCGAGAGGAGCUCACAGGUGGAGUACAAGCAUCCUAUGGAAUUCGAGAAACUUCAUCAUUCUGUCCCACAUCAAGGCGCAACUCUUUCUGACGGGAAGACAAACACUGUUAAUUUCAACUGGAUAUACAAAAAUGAUGCGAAUAAGAUUGAAUGUGGUUGGAAACAAUGUCCUCAGGUGUAUGACUCGCUAUUAGAAUUACAGUCGCAUGUUUUGAAAGAUCAUGUAAUAGAUGCACCCUCUACUGAUAUUAAAUUACCUACACCAAGGAAUCAAUUUGAUUGUGAGUGGGAAAAUUGCGGAUUUGAAGGGGAUGAUCUAUGCACUUUGAUCAAUCACAUCAAUGGCGAACAUGGUAUAGCAUUCGAUAUGAAGUUUUUGGACCGUGACACUCUGAUAGAACAGAGUGAGCAGCAUCACUUACUUCAUUGCCACGAUUGUCCGGACGACCCAGAAAGUUUUUCCCAAGUUCCAUCUCACGAACAGAUCAACACUGCUGGGAAUCCUUGCGCUAACCACUCCAAUGCCGACGGAAAUAUCGAGCAUUCACACACAUGCAAAUGGGCCGGGUGCGGGAAAGAUUUUAGUUCUUGUGGAGAACUCAAUGACCACAUCGAGAAUGAGCACAUACCUAGGGGAAAGUCAUCUUAUGUUUGUGGUUGGGAAAGUUGCGGGAAGACCAUUACUCAAAGACAAAAGCUUUUAAGGCAUCUCAGAGUGCAUACUCGAUACAAACCUUGCAAAUGUCCUUAUUGUGAAAAAAACUUUUCGACGCCAGACAUACUAUUGCAGCACAUCCGCACACAUUCGGGAGAGAAGCCUUAUAAAUGCGAGCGUUGCGGGAAGGGGUUUGCUACUUCCAGCUCUCUUCGAAUUCACAUAAGGACGCACACCGGUGAAAAGCCCUUGGAAUGUAAGGUGUGUGGUAAAAGAUUCAAUGAAAGCUCCAAUUUAAGUAAACAUAUGAGAACACAUGAAAGAAAGUACAAAUGCGAAGGUUGUAAACGGAGCUUUGACCUUUUGGAGCAGUUAGAAGUUCACAAGAGCAGGUGUGCACGUUGCAGAUCGGUUGAAUAA